AAUCGUCGUCAGGCCUUCUCUGUCCUCCCCAGUCUCCAACCCAAAAUAGGAAUAGGAAUAGGAAUAGGAAUAGGAAUAGGAAUAUGAUGAUCAGAUCUACGCCUUACCCAAUUAUUAUGCUUCAUUUCAUAUAUCUCGUUGCUGUCUUCUGCAGAUAACACUUUUAUCUAGAUUUACAGCAACCAUUUCCAUAAUGGAUUUGGAUGAAUUUCGCGUAAUUCUAUCCGAUUCCAAAGUGGACGUUUGGACGCUCAUCCACACCGCCAUUGACGUGGCUUCGUCGGACUAUAUCACCGAGUUCAAGGAUCGCCGUGGCGGAAUUGUGGAGAAGUUGUUUUCGGUCCCCUGCCCCAACUGCAACACUCAUUUCAUUCCCAACCAACUUACCAAUUACAAUACUAAUACCAAUGUUGAGAGGGAGAAUAGUAAGAGUCCUUUGAGUCCCGACCCGAAUCAUCACAGCAACGAUAAUAAUGAUGAAAAAGGAAGAGGAGAAGAAGACGCGGAUCCUUAUGGAGGCUUGUUCGAUGACGAGCAGACUAAAAUUCUCGAGAUCAAAGAGCAACUUGAAGAUCCGGAACAGAGUGAAGAUUCUGUUGUUGAGUUGUUACAAAGUCUUGCUGAUAUGGAUAUUACAUUUCAAGCUCUCAAGGAAACUGAUAUUGGAAGGCACGUGAAUCGAUUGAGGAAGCAUCCAUCUAAUGAAGUUAGGAGAUUGGUGAAGCAAUUAGUUAGAAAAUGGAAAGAAACUGUAGAUAAGUGGGUGAAGCUCAAUCAAUCCGAACAAACAUCUCCGAAUCUCAUUGCAGAUGGAGACUCGCCCCAGCAGAACUUACUAAAAAAUCAACAAAAUGGUCAUCCUCAGGUACCUGAUUUUGGGUAUUCUCCAAAUCCUCAAAAUGGGAGUUCAUGCUCAGACCGGAAUAACUCAGAUCCAGAACAGAAGCCAAAGUCUGUUCCACGAAAUGAAGCACCUCCGAGAUCACUUCAAUCUGCUCCUAAACCUGCUUCUGCUCCUCCCCCAAGUAGGCCACCAAGGGAAUCUACCAUUGAUAUGGAAAAGUUAAAUUCAGCAAGGAGAAGGCUACAGGAGAACUACCAAGAAGCUCAAAAUGCUAAAAAGCAAAGGACAGUACAAGUGAUGGAUAUUCACGAGAUUCCAAAGCCAAAGAACGCCUUCAUUGCCAAGAAUAAAGGCAGGAAUCAUCGCUAAUUUGUCUGAGGUCCAUAUGUGUGCAGUAGGAGACAACAUUGUGUAUAUGGGCAUUUAAUGCUUGUUUGAAGUUUGUUUACUUUGGUUUUGGUAAAUAAGUAGAGGUUAUUUUCUGUUUGCAAAGGAAGGAAAAACAAUUGUUUUUUUUUUUUUUUUUUUUUUUUUUUGGGGGCCUAUUUCGCUUCCUUUGCUUCUUCUCUCUAGGGCUGUUUUCGUGUUCUUUUUUU